AUGCCUUUUUUCUAUGACUGGAAGGCAGAGCUGCAGCGACGCAUGAUAUCUGCGUUCAUUGUAUUAAAUGCGCGUGGUAUCUCUGACGAACAGCUGAGACUUGCCCUGGAAACGUUCAUAUCUGUCAUAGAUGACGUUUCUCCCAUACCACAAAUCCCGCAUAUACAGGCAGCUCCUUCAAACGGUCUGCGUUGGCUUACUUGUCUCCUUCACCAAUCCCAGAUUCUCUUCCGGCGGCCUCCGCAGGAGCUGCAACAGCUAGUCGCUCGGCUAUCUGUCUAUUUCCUCUUCUCAGAUGUGGACGAAGAUGAAGAGUACGCGCUCAUCACUUUGGGACAACGUACCGAAAGUAGAUGUUUUGCGUAUGAUCUCCGAAAUUAUAAGAUGGCCAACAAUUGGGGGCCGUAUUUCGAGGACGGAAGCGUGAACUGGCUUCAUGUCCAGCACCUCAUGACCAUCAUAUGGGCUAAUCUUGCCGAUCUUCCAGAACGAUGGAAGAACGUGAGGCCUCCUGUCGGAUUGGAGGCUACUCGGGCAUUCUCCGCCCCGGCAAUAGCUAGUCAGCAGGACUGGGCCGGAGUUGAGGGUACUUGGAGACGUUACGUCUGUUUCAUGGACUAUCGCGAUCUAUUUUCUUUCAAUUUCUCCAAUGUGUUCCGUGGACCUAGAAAUAAAGCAUACUUCACUGAAAACCUUCGCUUUCGAGAAGCAACUCGACUCUUAGAAGUGAAGCUGAAGGUCGUUGCCCGUGAUAAGCUGAAAUUUAGCAACAUGGAUAACGGCCCUACAGUUCACAACCCACUGUAUCCCCCGCUGUACUUUCACGGAGUGUCGCGCGGAGUGGACGGAAACAAAUCCGAUAUCGAGGGUAUGGUUGAAAUGGGUGAUGACGGCGUCUGUGAAAAGGUUUCCAUCUAUGACGGUACAACACAAUGGAGCUCGGAAGGUGUUCAGAUUGGUAGUGUUGCAAGUGCUGUGGGUGUUAUCGGUGCAUGGACAACGACUAUUCAUGACCAAGGCGAUCCCGUUGGUCCAUUUUGGUUGUGGAAGGUCAGUGACGACUUUCCUACCGAUGCUGUAGGUGAUUACAUUUGA